GCGCGGGAGACUCGGUUUGUGGUGGCUUCGCUUUGGCGGUUGUGCUGUACUGUUGUUAGAGGCUCCAUUUUCCCGAUACUUCAUAGUUUCAGGCCAUUUGAGGCAUUUGAGGCCAUUUGAGGCGAAAUGGCUCCGGGCGAGAGAGGAGCAGGCGCUGGCAAUGGAGAAGCCGCCGCCGCCGGCACCUCAGGCUGCCCGUAGGGAGGGAGCCUGAGGGGCCCUCUGAGUCGUUUGAGCCUGCGCCUUCUUCUUUUGCUGGGCCCUUGCCUCCCGCCAAGAUGAGCUCGGCUUGGGUCACUUCUUUCGAGAAGGAGCAUCUCUGGAUGUAUCUGCAGGCGCUCGGCUUCGAGCCAGGCCCGGCGACCACAGCCUGCGGAAAGAUCGUGUCGCACACGCACCUCGGAGUGAACAUGUUUGACAAGCUGAACCGCGAUGCCUUUCAAAUAGUUUCUUAUUUUUUGUUUCAAACGCUCGACCAGUCUCUCACCAAAGAAGUUUUCAAACUUUGUUGGCCUCCAUUUGACCAAAAAAGUGAUACUGAAUUCCGAAAACAUUGCUGUGAAUGGUUAAAAAAGAUUUCUGCUGAAUGUGGAGGUAGCUUUCCUCAAGUUGUUGGUUCAUUAUUUCUUUCUCCUGGUGGUCCUAAAUUUAUUCAUCUGAUGUAUCACUUUGCAAGAUUUGUUGCAAUAAAAUAUAUAAAAACCCAUUCUAAAAAUUCUUCUGUACAUUUUGUGGAGACAUUUAAUAUAAAGCCACAAGAUUUGCACAAGUGCAUUGCCAGAUGCCAUGUCGCACGUAACAGAUUUUUACAGAUUUUGCAAAGAGAAGAUUAUGUUACCCAAAAAUAUCAGGAAAAUGCACAAUUGUCAGUUAAACAAGUACGAAAUUUGAGAUCAGAAUGUAUAGGACAGCAAAACCAAAUAAAAAAAAUGGAACCCUGUGAUGACCAAAGUAAUAUACAAGAGAAAAUUCAAAAGGUUCGGUCUUUGUGGGCUUCAGUGAACGAAACACUCAUGUUUUUGGAAAAAGAGAGAGAAGUUGUUAGUUCAGUUCUUGGUCUUGUUAACCAAUACACUUUAGAUGGAACUAAUGUUGCUAUCAAUAUUCCAAGGCUUUUACUUGACAAAAUUGAGAAACAAAUGUGUGAGUUGCACAUAGGAAACGUUUAUGAGGCCGGAAAAUUGAACUUCCUAACAGUUAUUCAGUUAUUAAAUGAAGUCUUGAAAGUAAUGAAAUAUGAACGUUGUCAGGCUGACCAAGCAAGACUGACAAUAGACCUUCACUUCCUUGAAAAAGAGACCAAAUUUCAGAGAGAAAGAUUGUCAGAUCUGAAGCAUAUGAGGUAUAAAAUAAAAGAAGACCUCACAACUGUGAGACAUUCUGUUGUGAAAAAACAAGGAGAAUGGCAUAAAAAGUGGAAAGAAUUUCUUGGUCUGUCUCCUUUCAGUCUAAUUAAAGGUUGGGCUCCAGCUGUGGAUCUUUUACCACCCAUGUCUCCCCUUUCGUUUGACCCUGCCUCCGAGGAAGUAUAUGCAAGGAGUAUUCUUUCACAGUAUCCUGCUUCACUUCCAGAUACACCUAAGCGACAUAACAAGGAAAAUGAUAGUAGAAGAGCAAGUGAUAUACUGGAAACUAAAUGUGAUCUAGCCAACAGCCCUGCUUCUUUCCUGUUGCACCCCAUUUCAUCAUGGGGUAUAAACAGUGUUACACUACUUGAAAAGGACACGAAAGUGAGGACUCCUAGAGAAGAAAGAGAAACACUUCCUAAUAAAAUACCAGAAGUUGAAGUGGAAGACUCUUCAUCAUCAAAUAUUGCAAAGAAUACAGAGAGUAGUGCAUUUGGAGUGUCUCUGCCAGCUGAAAAAAGUGAUCCUUUCCAAAAAGAGCAAGACCAUCUGGUAGAAGAGGUUGCAAGGGCAGUUUUAUCUGAUUCACCACAGCCCUCUAAAGGAAAAGAAGCAAAAUUAGAGGAACUGAUUGACUCUCUAGUUUCUAACCCUUUCUUAACAAGGAACCAAAUUCCCCGAACUCCAGAAAACUUAGUAAAUGAAAUUAGGAGCUCAUGGAGAAAAGCUGUUGAAGUGGAAGAUAAUGGAAGUACAGAACCAAUUCAGAUGGAUCCUGAAAAGAGAGAAGUAUUGACAGAAUCCUUACCUGUGUUGCCUAAUCAGGGAGAGUUUAGCAUGGCCAGUUUUUUCUCAGCAACCACUGUAUCUGAUGUUAGCCAUUCUCAUUUGCCUGAAGAGAAGGUUGUUUCAGAUUGCCUCAAGUGUGUACCUCAGAAACCUGUGACUAGUCACGCAGGUGAACCAACAACACAAAAUCAGUCAGAUUUAUUAAAUAAGGAACUAAUUUGUAAGCAAGAUUUGGAGUGUACAGCUCUACAGAACAAGCCUUUAGAAACUAACCAAAUAGAGACAUGCUCUCCUGCUGUAGGCAGUAGGAGAGAUGUGAUAAAUAGCAGUGAAGAGGACUAUGUUACAAUAUCAGACCACUUGCAGGCUUCUUACAAAGAUCCUUCCAUGCAUAAAAGUAUGUUAUGGAACUCUUUUCAAAUCUCAAGUGGAAUUAGUUCCAGUUUUAAAGAUAGUGAUUUUGGCAUAUUACAUGAAACUCUUCCAGAAGAAGUUGGUCACUUAAGCCUUAAUAGUUCCAGUAGUACAGAGGCCAAUUUUAAACUGGAACCAAAUAGUCCUAUGCACGGUGGCAUUUUCCCAGAAGAUGUUGUGGGAGAAAGAGAGGCAACUCCAGAAUCAGACAUCAAUUUACAGGCUAUUUACAGUGGAUAUGAGGCUCUGAAAAAAUCUCUGUCCAAACAAAAGGAAGAAACUUACCUCUCUAAUCCUGAAACACUUGAAAGACACAAACCAGAAUUGAGCCUUACUCUCCCAAACAUGCAAACAGAUGAUAUGCUUAACUUUUUGGGCACUCAUGAUUUGCACAUUGACUAUACAAAACCAUCUUCACGCAUGUCCCUUGGUGAAAGAAAACGAUCUCUUUCACCACUAAUUAAGUUUUCUCCAGUGGAACAAAGAUUGAGGACCACAAUACCAUGUAGUCUUGGAGAACUUCUACCUAAUUUAACAGAAGAAGAAAUCUUGAGUAAGAGCCUUGAUGCAAAAGAAUCUCCAUCUGACUUGAGAAGAUGAAGCAGUAGCCCAGUCAGUUUAAUUAUGCACUUAAGUUACAGCAGUGUCAUAGGAUAAAAACUGAUUUAUAAUUUAAAUACACAUUGUCAGUGUAGCUGUAUUUCAAGGUCCAAAAAAUCCUAGAUAAUGCCUUUUAGCCUUCUCUCUUGUUUUCAGGUAAGGAGAGUAUGUUUGGAUUUUGUCUCUUUGUAUGGAUAAAGGAUUGAAAUGUGAAGUAUUUGGAAAGUAAACAUCAAUUUAUGUGAAGCCAUUUUGAUUUCUUAAGUAAUCUGGUAAGCAUUAAGUAAAUGGCAAAGUAGUAGUUUUGACUAAUUUAUUAUGUUAUAAUUUGUUUUAACAUAAGGAUGAGUAGUUUGUGAUGUACUUUCAUUAAGUGGUUAACAUAGUAGCCAUUGAAUAUAUUGAUCUUUCUUUUUAGGGAAAUGUACAACUUUUAUUGUUUCUUUAUGGAACAUUCUGAUACUAAACAAAAAAAUUGAGAAAAGUAUUUUUUAGGGUGUGUACUCAAAAUGACUAAGUUUGGGAAAGUUCUGAAUAGGCUUUAUGAUGAUUCAAGUAGGUUGAUCCUGAAAAAUGAUGUUUGAUGGAAUAAAGUGCAUGUGGUGGUGAUAGUGAAGAAUAGAGCAGAAUGGAUUUAGAUAAAGGAGAAAGAUGGAAGAUUACUAGACACAAAUUUUGAGGAACAUUAUAAAUCCAUUUAGUGGGUUGUAUAGCAGUUUUACAUUUAGUCUAAUUUAGACUUUGAGAAUUUAAUUUAACCCGUUUUUUUUUUUAACAGAAAAUAUGUAAAUUAAAAAAUUAGUCUGUGUUUAUUGUUUUUUUGGGGGGGCAUUGCUUUUGGGGAAGGGAGAUAAUUUUGUUACUUUCCUCAAAAAUCAUGAGUUCCCCACUGUCUACAAAAUUCGGCUCAAAAUAGCUUAAGAAAACUGAACUUGGGGUUAAAAUAACUUGUUCAUUGUCACACAGCUAAGUCAGCGGUGAAGCUAGGAUUUGACCCUAUUUUCCUUCCUUAAUAUACCAACAAGACCUCCUAGAAGUAAAUAAGGGCUGGGAUGUAGGAUAUGGCUGUAGGAGUGGACAUCCAACUGACCUUCCGGACUCUGAAUGGGAGUCAGAUGUGAGGCCUCUCAGUGUCCUGCCUCACUUAAGUCAUGACCUCUGGCCAAGAAAAGGGCUUGUCUUUAGUAUCCAAGUGAAUACAUACCAUUGUCCUCUGUGAACCAGGAGGAAUGAACUGAGUGUGCACUGGAAGUGUGAUAGCACCUACCAUACUCCUGUGUCUAGCCCCAACUCUUAACCAUCAAAACCUUGUCCGUUUGCCAAGAGUUGAAGGGCAGAGCUCUGGAAGUGGCUGGUCUUGAUAAGUUCAUUUCUUCACUCAUUUGGGCUUAUUUUGGGCUUGUUUGAUUCCAGCUUGAAGGCCACUUUUUUUGUGAAAGAGAAGAAAAGCACAUAUAACUACUACCUUUUUGCAGUGGAAAAGAAAGAGGAAGAGAAAAGCUUCUCCUAAGGUGCUAUAUUUUAUUAGUUAAUACAACAAAUUAGACUCUGCAGGUCUGCUGCGAAGUUAUUCUCUAGUCUACCUUAAGAAACCCAGUAUCUAUAAAUCCAAAAUUAACACGUUAGGGAGGAGGUAGACCUGUCAUAUUAGCAUCUAUAAAGUGCCAGAACCAUUCCUAGAUACUUAAUACAUAUUAUAUCUUUUAAUCUUAUACCUCUGUAAGAUACUGAUUAUUAUACCUAUUUUACAUAUAAUAAUACCAAAGCUAGGGAGCUUAAAUGACUUUCUAAAAUAGACUCAAGGAAUCAUCUGGGAUACAUCUUUAAGGAAAAUGUAGAUUCUAUAAGUCUAAAAUGGAGAUUAGGAAUCUGUAGUGUUUUAAGUAUGUUUCCCUGGUCAUUCUUCGCCUCAGAAAAAAGCUUGAGAACCAAUGCUAGGGGAUAUAGAGUCACAUUUAGCCCUGGGGCACCUUAAAGAAGCCAGGUACAUGAUCACAUACCUUACUACUUUAGGGAUUGUUUGCUAUCUGAUAAGGAAGCUUAAGUUCACCAGUAAGUGUGGGCCCUGAAUUACUGAGAAUCAAAAGAUCAAAGUAUCUUUGGAUAUUAUGGAGUUAUAAAAACUACAUUGUUAAGUGAGUCGUACUUGUGAUAGGUUGAGCUUUUGGCAUUCUUCCCUGUCAUUUGUAUGCCAGUAUUAUAAACAAAAGUAUCUCUGUCACUUUCUCCUAAAUCAUUUUGAUUAUGAUUUACUGCUUUCAACCUCUUCCUUACCCAAUACUGCUCACAUAGCUACUUUUUGACCUUAAGGGAUUGCUUUGAUCAUGUCAGUUCCUUGUUUAAUGAAGUGACUGUUCAGUGGAACAUCUCUUUGUUCCAUUAAUGGUUCAUUUGCUAAUUCCAGAGUAGAGUUCAAAUUUAAAGGCAUAUAAGGUCCCUUCCAGAGGUUCCUCUAUUCCCCCUUCCACUUGAUCUCCCACAUUUUACUGAAAUGCUUUGCUGAGCAUGGGUCUUUAGAAAUCUUAAUUCACAUUUCUGAAGCUAGAAUAUCUUACCUUCAUCUCCCAGCUAAUCACAUUUUUAGCUGUGCUUUAGGGUUCAGAACAAAUCUCACUCUUACCUUGAAGUUCUUUAUCCACGGGCCUAUCCUUUCUCUGAAAUCUAUUAUCUUAACUUUUAGUCACUUAGUGUUUUUCAUUCAUUGCUUUUAUCAUUUUUUUCAUGGUUGGAUGUGAUUUCUCCAGUUAUAUUGAUUAUAUACAUACAGACAUACCUACGUAGAUGUGUGUAUGGCUUGUGUCCACACAUACAUAUACUCCAAGGGCCAUAGAUCAUCCUUAGCAGAUAUUGAAGUACUGAAAUUGUUUUCUUUGCCUCAUAAGUGAUGGAAUUAAAGGAAUGGUAAAGAGGGAGGGCUCCUUUGUUGCUGUAAGAGUACUUUUUCUCAUUACAUUCAUAGCAGAAUGUACGUUAUUUUAUUCACUGUUCAUAAGAUGAAGGUGUAUUAACUGACUUCUGUAUCAAUAUGAAACUUUAGAUAAUGCCAGUAUGUCCUAAUUGUCUUAAAUGUUUAAAGAGGACAAGCAUGUAAUGUUGCUUAACAUAUUAACAUGUUAUCAAGUGGAAUAAAGAUAAUAAUGUUAAAGAAAGUCAUUUUGGGGGAAUUUAAUUGAAAACAAAAAUACCAGUAUUUUGAAACUGUU